CCUCGGCCCUUUUUCCCCCUGCUCUUCAUUAUCCCGUCUCCCCACGGAUGCCCGUAUAUCACACAUCCACAAAUGCAUCGUCACGACUAUGGCCGUCGUCCUCCUCCGUCUCCAUCACUUGAAGAAUACCUAGGUAGAUAAGUACCAACCAAAGGAUCCCGGUGUUGAGGGGGCGUAGAAAAGUCCUAUCACCACCGCUCCCAGCCGCGGUUGGGUCUUCCUCUCCGUCUCGCCAGACGCUGCCUUUCCAUGGCAGCAUGAUACCGCUCCUGACGAGCGCGCUCUCGCUCUCGCUCCUGCUGGGCUCGGGCAUGGUCUUGUUCUCUUCUUUGCCGGUUCUCGUCAGCAACAGCAAGUUCGGCUCGUAGCCGCCGAAGCCGACCUUCAUCACCCUGAUCCCGCAGGUUGUCCUGCAUCCCUUGGAUAUGCUGGAUGGCACGACCGUCUAUUUCGGCGAUCUCCCGAUUUUGUCGCUCGAUGCGCUCUCGAUGUCGCUGAGCUCGCAUGUUCUCCAAUUGCUGCAGGUCUUCUGCAAUAGCCGGGUCCAGGGCGUUCCACGGGACCGGUGGUUGCCAUGGCCACACCGCGUUCCAUCCUUGAUCUGGAUGUCGCGGGUACCGUUGCCCGCCAUACUCUGGUCUUUCGCGGUAUCCUCCAUAUCGGCCUGGCAAACCGUCACCGUCAUCGUGGUGUACCUCUCGAUGUCGAUCAUGCAGUGCAUCAGGGUUGAGCCCUAGUGUCCAGGAGACGAUCCGGCCCCGACGUCCAUUGUUGCCGGUAUAGUGCUCGUCCACCGGGAGCCAGUACGUCUGCUUGCAUGGACCCCAUCCCCGCGUGAUUGGAAUCCUCCGACGCAUAUAUGUCCAUUCGUCGUCUGCCAUCCUGGUGGCUGGCUGCGGAAGAUGGUCUAAGGAAUAAUGGUUUCCCGGAAAGCUAUGAGUACACUCGCAGCAGGUUACACCAGCAACGCAAGGCAAACAUUACGAGGCGACCAUUCAGGAAGCCUCGACACCGCCUUCCGGAGACAACAAGCCGCCUUUGUGUGUAUACACCUUUGCCGGCAUAUUCCGGGGGUGCCCGGCUGGGUUGAAGCAAAGCACGUUGCAUUCGCACCAACUGCCGAGCGUCACGCACACAAUUCAGGGGAAAUUAACCGGCUAUUAGCAUGCAUAUAGCAUAGGAGAGGCGACAACAUACUGGAACGCAACCACGUCUGCCUGCACGAUUCGAAGACUGACAACGGACGCAGUUCUUGGACGGGCGACCAGUUGGUGUCAGAAAAGACCAUGAGAGAUCCAUGCGAGGAUCCAGCGCCAACGCUCGGAGACAAUGUUGACAUGGCAUGCCUUUAAAACGGGCUUGACCCUUCGUGGGUGUAGUAGGAGUUGCAGGUGCUGAACAUGCGAGUCAGCAGGACGUCGCAUGCGCCAGAACUCACACUUACGUCCAGAACCGCCUGGAGGCGGCGAAGGCGGCGGGGGAGCCGCUGCUGCACUCAUUUCGGUCCUGUGAACAUGUUAGACGCAUGCGAACCAUAGGCGAACCUGACACACUUACUGGAAACCAACUGGCUAGAUGGGGUGUUGACACACGAUCCUACAAGAGACGAGUAUGCGAAUUGGGUGCGGUUCUCUUGGGAUCAAAAUGAAGAGUGUGUUGGUGGCACAGCCUCGUGGACCAUGUUGUCACUCUUUUUGUCCCUCAGGCUGCCUCGGCCGUACAUCCCAAAAGUAAACAGCCGCAAUCAGGGCCAAUGCCACUGUGCCACCCCAGCGGGUGCGGGUCCGCUUGGUAUGCUCUACUGAUUUGAUGGCAUCCCAUCUGUUGGGUUCUUUCGUGGUGCCCGCGAAAAUAGACGGUUGCUGCAAAACGUUGUCUGUCAGAGACUUGUCACCAACAUUCUUGGUUGAAGUGCUUGAAGCUGUAUGUGCUGCCUCUUAAUCCCCAGACAUUUUGAAGGUGGACUUGAACGAAAUGCAGAACCCGUACACUUACAAGGAUCCUUGUGAUGUCUGGCUGAACGGCCGUGACAUUGAAAGGUCGACUCUCAGUCUAAAGGACACUGCCAGUGGCACUGCUGGCCAUGCUGCAUGGAAGGAGCGACGGAUGACCAUGUGGUGGUGAUGACGGCGGCAAGAGCGAUGUCCAAGCAGGUGCAGGUGCAGGUGCAGGCUCGAGUUCGAGUUCGAGUUCCAUAUUUCCUCGCUUCGCAAGGAACUUGAAGGUUGGCUAGGUCUGUGAUCCGGCUGGAGCAGGAGUGCUUGCUUCUUUAAGUACAAAUCGAGCAAAGGGAUCAAUCGAAUAGACUUAGGUCCACUGCUCCUCGAACGAAUGCAUUCCCGCACACUUGCACUCGAAAUCCUCUCGUUUCCCGUUCGACGCAAAAGUCAAAUACGGGCUAAACAGUGCUGUACUUCAGCGCGGAGGACCAGGGGAGGAUUUGCACCGGGAUAAGUCACGUCUCAUCCAAAUGCCUCGAAAGCCUAAAUGGAGUGAUAAGCAAGAUGGAUGGCUGCUGAGCCGAAAUCUCAACUGAAGAUCUAUCCCUUCACUGAGCCAGAUCGUCCCAUGAUUGUCGUCGUCACUAAUACCACUGGCACCAGGCCUUUAGUCAUGGAUGCCUGGCUACCAGGUACUUCAGAGUGCGUAGGAUAUUCUUGAUAAAGUCCCU